AUGACGACCGAAAUGCAAUCCUUCUAUACCCCAUCGACCUCUCACAUGUCGCGAGCACCGGCGGCCAUGGACCAUCUCCUCAGCAAAUACUCGUCGACCAUGGGCUCAAGUGCGACACGGCGCAUCCCGCGGCGCAACCCUUUCCAGCGCGUGCUCGACCGCAUCCAGCUCGAGUACUAUCGCUAUGAGGUCACUUUUGGCAUCUAUGUGAUGACUCCCAACGAGAAGAUGGUGGCCAAUGCCUUUGUGCUCAUCACCUUGGCUCUGUUCUUCUGGGCACUGCUAUACCUCCCAUCGUUGCUAUACAAAAAGGCGGGUGGCCUGAUUUGGCUACUGACGGGCCACACCGGUCACGAAGUAUGCACUGCGCUGAGUACCCUCGACCAAUAUGAGGAAUCUUUCUCAUCUGCAGCUGAAAGCGCUUUCGCGUGA